ACAACUAGUUUCAAGGUCUCAGAGUUGUUUUCAAACGUGUUGGAGCUUGCGUGCAAACCAUCGCGAUACAUUUAGUUUUAUUUGGAAAAUAGACAUUUUUUUAUUUUAUGUUUAAGCGUGAGGAUACAGUUAUUAGUAACAUGAUUGCCGCCAAAACAUGCAUCCAGUUUCUUUUCGUGGUGUUUGUGUAUGGUGAUCGUUUAAGGGAGUUGGAGCGAAAAAUGUUUGCAUUGCAAACAUUGACCUUUCAGGAUAUAGGUAUGCUGAGAGAAUCUGUCGAUAGAAAUUUUGAAGAAUUGCAACGACUUACUGUGAUCAUUAAUGCAUCCCUUUCACAAAACACACGCCUGCCUAAUCCAGUACAAGCAUCUCUUCCAGACAAUUCACUGAAAAAUCUUGAGUCAAAGGGAGUGUAUUUAGAAUCAGAAGUCAAAAGGCUAAAGCGGGGUUUCAAAGAUCAAAAGCUGUUCUUUAAUUUGUGGAAAGAAGAUUUAGGUACUAAGAUAAAUGGUCUCCAAGCUACACUAGACGACGUGAUGAAAUUAAAAGACAUUCUCGAUUUAAUUUUAAAUAACGUAACUGUUAUUAAAGACCAUGAACUGUCAAACAAAGAAAAACUUAGUGCUUUAUCGGAAGAAAAUACAAAUUUCAAUGAAAGUUUUAUGUUAAAUCUUCGCAUCGUUAGGGAUGAAAUAAAAAAGCUUACUUCAGGAACCGACGCGUUAAACACUUGUUCUGCGACUAUCAAUAACAAAUCGGAAGAAAUUAUAAGUUUGUUUUCUUCAGCUGUCGAUUUUAAAAACGUUCGAUUGGUUGGCGGCCCGACUUCUUCUUCCGGUAGACUCGAAGUAUUUCUAAAUGGUAAAUGGGGGACAGUGUGCGAUGAUUACUUUAAUGAAAAUGCAGCUAAAGUCGCGUGCAGGACUCUAGGCUUCAGUCACAAAGGUUCGUUUGCAUAUUUUGGGCGAGGCUCUGGUCCUAUAUUAUUAGACAAUGUGAACUGUACUGGUGCAGAAAGGAAUUUGUUUGCGUGUACAAUUGAUUACAUCACAACCGAUUGUAACCAUGGUGAGGAUAUCGGUGUUAAAUGUCUUGAUUGAAUAUUUAAACCUUUCAUAAGCUUAAAAAUACGAGGGUUGAUCCAGAAAUACUCAAAUGUUGUUUAUAAUUCUGAGAAAUUUUACGUUGUCUUAAUCUAUUUAAUUGAAAAAUAUUUUCGAUCUCAUGGCAUCCAGUACCGUCUCAAGCCGCCAUAAAUUACCAUGGGAACACCACAGCGGCGCAGCUCAAAGAACGCGACGCACAUUAAUAUUUUCUAAUAAUCCAAAGUGCCUGAUACAAUAAAAGGAUCUUGUUUAAAAUUUACCGGAGCUUAGUGUAAAACCUAAAUAACGUCAUGCUUAAUUCUUACGUCUUUUGAACAUUGGAAUUUAUAUAAUAAAUUUUAAACCGUUUGUAAUUUCAACGAGAUUUAAUUCCAAAAGUUGGUCACGAAGGCGUCUGGGAAACGGAGCUUUCAUAUAAUUUUGUAAACAGUUCGGAUAGUUUCCUUUAAAAAUCUCUAAUCUGACAAAUGAAACACGCCAGCCAUGUAUAUUAAUAUUAUAUCAAAUUAAUGCUUACUAGUGGUAUAUACGUUUUUUUUCAGAAAGUUGAAAUCGUCUUAAAGAUAAUACAUGUUGUCGGCUUGAUAGAAGGGUGUGUAUGACUAUAUCGUUCGACGUCACUUUUUAAGACAAUUCUAAUUGUUGAAUUGCAUAUUAUUAUUUUACAUUUGUUUUAAGAAUUAAUUUUAUUUAUACAAAACUCAUAUUUUAUAAUUAUUGAAAUUAAGUAAAUCCAACUCGAUGUAUUAUUUUGCUUUCUUAUCAAGAAAAAAAUAUUAUCUACUGUAAAAAAAAACUACAACAUUUAUUUUUUUGUACAUUUUAUUUGCCUCUUUUAACAUCUUGCUUUUCAUGUACAUUUUAUUUUUUAUUUAAUUGAAAGAUAUAUAGAAAUGAAACAUACUUUAUGAUUUUAACAGUUAGGAUUUUUCUAUCUGGUUAGUGAAUAAAUAUAAUGAUUGUAUGUAGUAUCUUUAUAUUUUUUGAUGUUUUUCUGUUUUUUUAGGAUGUAAAUUUCCUUUAUGAAUUGUUGAAUCCUUUCCAUUUAUCUGAAAUAAAGGCUGCCAGGGCAUCUAUAACUACCUUGUGGUAGAUUUAAUGCGAUCUGAUACAGGAUUCGUAAUUUUAUACUGAAAUUAUUUAUUUCAGAGCAUUGAUUUACUAGAUGUGCUGCCUUACAAAUAUACAGUAAUAUAUCCCAGUUUAUUACAGCUCUUUACUUUUCUUUGGUGUGCACUUAGCGCUAUAACUUAUAUACCAUGUUUGUUAUUAUAUAACAGUUGUCAUGUAUGGCAUUUAAUAAAUGCCCUA